CGCGUGCGCUCAGCGCGGAGCGGAACCGGCCUGCCCGGGGAGGGAACCGCGCUCCGUGAGGGAAGCGAGCCGGCGGCCGGGAGGUAAAGGCCGUGAGUUGACAAGAACAGUGAAUGUCUUGCUCUGCUGGACACGAAGCUGAUGGUUUACUUGCAGUUUCUGGAAUGUUUUGAAGAUGGGCAAGGUGUGUGCUGUUUUUGGAGGAUCCCGUGGGAUAGGCAGAGCUGUGGCAGAGCUCCUGGCACAGAAGGGCUGCCGCCUGGCCAUCCUUGCUAGGAACCUGGACGUGGCCCAGAGCACUGCCCGUCACCUUGGCGCAGGACAUCUGGCACUUAGCUGUGAUGUAUCCAGUGAACAAGAAGUCCAAAAGGCUUUUGAGGAGAUGCAGAGGAAUUUGGGUCCUGUUAACUACUUGGUUAAUGCAGCUGGGAUCAACAGGGAUGGUUUGCUACUGAGAACCAAGACUGAAGAUAUGAUAGCCCAGAUUCACACAAACCUUUUGGGAACAAUGUUGACAUGCAAGGCUGCUCUAAAGGUCAUGAUUCAGCAGCAGGGAGGUGCUAUUGUCAAUAUAGGGAGUAUUGUAGGACUUAAAGGCAACUCUGGUCAGAGUGUGUAUAGUGCUACCAAAGCAGGAUUAGUUGGAUUUUCACGCUCUCUUGCUAAAGAAGUAGCAAGAAAGCAAAUUCGAGUCAACGUUGUUGCUCCAGGCUUUAUUCACACAGAGAUGACAGCUCAUUUGGAAGAAGAUCAGUUGAAGAAAGCAAUUCCCCUUGGAAGAUUUGGAGAGCCUCAUGAAGUUGCACAAGCUGUUGUCUUUCUUCUAGAAUGCCCAUAUAUUACAGGGAGUGUUCUGGUUGUAGAUGGAGGCUUGCAGCUUAUGACCUAAGUACUGCCUUGAAUAAAGGACUGCUUCAAUGUCAUGAUGGUAAUAUGUAAAUAUAUUCUAAAUAAAGGGAGAGGGCUGGAAAUCGUUUGAAGAUUGAUGUACAUAAUUGACUUGGUCUUUUUUAGUCAGAGGAGAAAUUCAGCAGCAGUGAGGUACAAUGUGUGUGUUUAGCUGCCUGAGGAGUCUGUUUGGUAUUACAAAGUCUGUGUAUGAAACAAUUUGAAAAAGAUCUGGUUUUGAUACAGUGAUAGCUUUAAUAAUGUGCUGAUAUGUUUUUAAAGCACUGAAUUUUUAUAAAGUUCUGUUUUCUAAUUUGGGAAAGAAUGAGAUUUUAUUUUAAUUAUCGUGUUACACAAAGGUUAAUAAAGUGCAGAGACAUGUUUAUUGGGUGGCAGGUAUGAUUGCAUCAAGUUUUUCAAGUAGGGCAAAGAUUGUGAACUGCAUAGUUUUGCAUUCUUAUCAGUUAGUCCCUAUAAAGUAGCAAGGAGUUUCCUUUGAGCUUUGUUUGUUUGUACCUAACACUACAAAGCUAGGAACUUCUAGAUCUUCAGCAUAGCUGAAUUGCCUUUAGAAGCUUUAAUUAUAUGCACUGUGUUUUUAUAAAGACAAAGCCUACUCAGUUCCAUUUCUGAGUGUAUGUACAGCACUCACUCAGUCCAGGGGCUCUGGUGUGUGCCCACUGGAGGAUUGCUGCAGCACUGGAGCUGCUAAUCCUGUCAUACUCUCAGCUUGAGCUGCACAUGCACUGCUGAACACUACAGCUGCACACCUUGCUCUGUAAGAUGCUGCAAGGACUCAGUAGAUACUUAGAACAUGUAUCACUUCCAGAGCAUGAAGUCAAGGUGUUUUGUGUUUUGCUCUGUAUCUUCAUGAGCACUCAGUUCAGCUCUUAAGUUGAUGCUCCCUCAUAUGUAUGUAUAGUCAAUAAAAUGGCCAUUUAUGUUAUUCAAAGCAGCUUUUGAAGCACAGUAAUUAUUCUGCUGUAAAUGAUUCUGAGUGUUCCUGUCUUGCUGAAAACUUACCAAAUGUUUGACCUCAGGCUUUUCUAUUGAGCUUGAGUAAUUUUUGAUAAUUGAUGUUUUUAUUAUCUUUGAAAAAAACUAUGAAUGUGGUUCAGGACUUUCACUUCUUAGCUCUGGUGUUCAUUGCAUCAUGAUCCAGAUGUUGAUUCAGCUUUUGAAAUUCCUUCCCAUCUUGGCACACACCACAAUACAGAAAGAAGAGAUCUCACUGAUGAUAACUGUGGCUUUAAAGUUGGAGAUUUUCUUCCUUUGUGCAGCUGAGAAGUUUUGUCUUUGUGCCAGAAAACAAUACAUGCUCAAGCUUCUUGCAGGUAUGUAUUGAGAAAUAAUACAAGGAGUACUUGUAUGAUCAGGAGAUUUUACAGUUGGUUGUGCUACUGACUUUAGAAUAUAAAAUACCAUAGAAGUAAUCCUUCCAGGAGUCCUUAUCUUCCUGUUAUCGCUGUUAUGUGUCAUAUGUGUCUUUGCACCAAAAAUAUAAUUGCUAAUUAUGUUUUUCCUUGAUAGAAGGAGUUGGCCAGAGAUGAUGUGAAUUUUUCCAAGGGCACUGAAGGUGAGGAAGGACAGCUGGUACAUUUUCACUAGUCAAGUAGGAAUAUGUCAGUGACUUGGCUGCUGCCCAUACCCGCCCUUGGUCUUUUACAAACAAACCCUGUGUGACAUUUCUUGACCAAAAGCCAAACCUAAGAAACUAGAAAUAAUUUUCUUUUAGUAAGUUCUGACCCUAAUUAUUAAUAUCCUUUUUUGGGGGGGUAAGGGAGUUGUUAAAUAAGUUAUCAGCAAUUGAAUUUUUAGUUCAUAUUUGCAAUUAAAACCUGAAAUAAUUCUGUCAGAAGAAUCUCAGCAUGCCACACAGUAAUUUCUGUAAAAAGUUCCAGUACAUACUAUGUUUUUAUUAUUGCUGUUGCCAUAGGGCCAGACUGAAGUGUUGGUAGCUUUAAAUCACACUUUUAAAAGGCUCCCCCCUCCCCCACCCCUUCUCUGAAGUGGUAAAUUAGAACAGAAAACUGGUUAACAUGAUGCUGGGUCUGUCUGGUCUGGUGUGAUGUCCUGAACAGGGGACGUAGGGACUGUGCAGGGUAGGUGACAGAUCAGCUGUGUGUCUCCUUAGAAGACUCUGGUUCCUCCAGCAGUUUGUGACUGGGAUAUUUGAACCCACCAGUGUGCAGCUCUGGUUGAGGCCUGCAGGCAUUAGAAACAACCCUCAGGUGCUCUCUCUGUGUUGCUUUUGAAUUUGUAGACUUCUUAUCCUGCCUGCCUUAGUUGUUUCUGUUUCGUACUGAAGAGUCAUAUUUCUUUUAAUUACUUGUUGCUGGAGAGCUCUUUUGUGUCUUAAAUUGUCUUUGUUGAACUUUGCUUUACUCUUCCAGUUUUUCAAGGAGGGAGCACCAGGUAGAACUUCUUGCAGAAUUCACUGUGGAUCUAUUUUAAAAAAUUAAAUAAUUUUAUGUUUUGUUUUAUACUGUUUCCAAAAAUGAUGCCUGAGUGUUUUGCUUUUUCCUAAACGUUGCACUUAUAUUUUCAGGACAGUAACUCAGUCCUGAAUAAUUAAUGGUCAACUUGGAGUUCAUUUCCAUAUAUAUGUGCAAAAGUCUGAAUUUUUGUAUUUUUUUCAGCAUGAAUUGUUCUCAGAUAUCUACAGUGAGUUUGGUUUCCUGCUUUUAACACCUAUUUCCUCGGUGAAAUCAUUCUGCAAUUUUUUAAUUCCUUAAUCUCUUUAUUACUUUAACUUGGUGUUACUGGAAUACACUGUGGCAUUCAGAAACUGCUGUCUCAGAACCCUUAGAAAUAGGUUGUACUUUGCCUUCCCCUACAGAGGAACUGUGGUGCUUUCUUGGCACUGCACAUCCUUAGGGGAGAGAACAACUGCUGAUUCAUACCCUUUGCCUUCUAUCUUUAAACAAUGUACUGAUAUGACAACUUCUUUUGGCAGCACAACAUCUUUAAUAGUUUUUGGCAAGGGACUGUGUCAGAUGCCUUUUAGAAUUUCAAGUAUGCACCAUUAUUAGAUCUCCAUAUUCUCAUCUCUUUUAAGUUUUUUUUUAGAAGAACUCUAAAAUGUUUAUCAAACAUGACUUUCAUUUGCAAAAGCCACUCUGUAUGUUUAUCCUGUUGUUUUCUUGGCUUUAGAACAAUUUCUGGCACUUUGCUAUGUACCGAAAAAUAGAUUUAGGCUUUAAUUCCCUGGAUCCCUCUGGAAUCUCUUCUCAAAAAACAAGUGGUCCUUCCACCCACUAAAAUCACAAGAACUUGCUGUCACGUUUGCCAGCUGCCGGUCACUCGAGGCAGGUUUCACUCAGAAGUCUCCCACUGCAGUUACUUGGUUUCUGUUAGAACUGGGGAGUGAAAGCCUCAUCUUUCCCCUUUGUCACUUUCCUCUGUAACCUCUCCCAAUGUAAAGGAAGGAGUAAAACCUUCAACAAGGUACCUCUAGAAGUUCUCCUCGAGUUCCUCCAUGGUACCAAAAACUGAUCAUAGGGAUUUGUUCAGAGUCUGGGGAUUUUUUUCCUCAGUAGGUUUUCCUUCCCUGAGCACUUUGCUUUUUAUUUGAUCAUCUGCUUGCCUUCUUCAGGCAUAGUUCCUGUUCCUGAGGUGCAGAUUAUUUUUGCAGAUUAUUCCUCUGAACUUGAUCUGGCUGUAAAUGUUACAUUCAUUGACUGAUUAAAUUUGACUCCUAAAGCUAGAUUGCUGGUUUUACAAAGGUUGAUGUUCAAAUGCUAGGAGCUUCCCCCUUUCCACAAAAAUUGUAAUUUGAUGUGUGUAUUUAAAAUUGUUGUACUGAAGUUCAGUACAUUCAAUCUUGGUGUUGUUAUUGGGCUGCAUCUUAAUUUUGACUUGUCUUUUUGGCUUAAUUUAAAUAUUUUAUUAUAUGUUGCUUAUUUUUUAUGGAAGUCUGUGGUAGUGGACUUCUGUCUUUAUUAAUAAACUGGGUCAAUAGAAAUAAAAGUGAAAUAAAUGCAGAAAUAAAAGUCACCAUUAAAAAAAAAAUCACUAUUUGAAAGUAGCAUUUUGGCUCAGGCUGGGUGACCACAGCCAGAGCUGGGUGGCCCUGAUCAGUUGCUUGAAAAAGAAUAUAUUAAAAUAGUGAUCUUGGCCUCUUCAGUGUGACAUUUAUCCAACAUGAUCAUGAUUGCUGUCUGUCAUCACAGUUACAUUGCUGGCCUUAGACAUCUCAGAUGUCAUAGCUAUGGCCACACAUAUCCAUCUUAAAGGUGGGAGUACCAAUAUCACCUAAUAAAAGAGUUUACCUUGCUAGGUUUGGAAAUUCAAUCCAUGUUUGAUUGGAUGAUUUAAUAUGUAGAUAUUUAUUUUUAUGACUCUUCUAUAUAUUUUGUAUCAAUAUCUUUUUGAUCUUCCAUCAUAUUUCUGGUAUGUCUGUUUUGUCACUGUCCUUUAUUAAAAGCAGACAUCUGGGCUUUACAUCUUGUGCUGCUGGCAUUUAUGCCAAGCUGUAUAUGAAUGUUUGGGGUUUUCUACAUAUGGGUGUUUGUGAGUCAGACUGCACUUGACUGGCUUAAAAUGAUUACUCAAUUGAAUUUUUAAAACUUCAGUGCACUAUAAUAUUAGAUAUAGUUUCUGUGAUUCCAUUCCUAAUGGAAAUGAGAGAAUGUGCUCUUAUUCAUCUGAUGUUUCUUCACCUGCUAUGUUGCUUUAAAAUCUCCUACAAUCUCUUAAAUAUUAGCAUCUUUUUGCCUCUUUUUCUCUUUAAGAACAGAGUAUUUUCUGGAUUCCCACUACUCCAUGUUUCUGCAGUUUCUAAAGAAUCUGUAGUCCUGUUCUUUGAACUGUUUUUUCAGGCAUGCAUUGGAACUUUGCCUCAUCCACCUAGUUUUGGGAGCAUUUAAAGAAGGCUGCAGUGCAAAUCUGGUAUUUAACUUACUCUGUGCUUUAUUCCACAUCUUUUCUCCUGCCCCACCCCUUGUCUCUGGUUUGUACACGACCUUUCACUACCACCACAGAAUUUCUAAAGAGACCAUCAAGGCAGGUUUUGAGGGUGGCUGCUUUUGCAGCUGUCAUUUAAUUCAGCAUGCAGUCCUCUUACAAUGCAACCCUCUUUCUGACUCACCCAUAAUGAUUGCUUUGAGUUUUUACUCAGCUGGGUUCCUGCUUCAGAGAGGAUAUCCUUACUAAAAGAAGGUUACACUGUCAUUUCUGUGACCUGCCUUGCACUACCAAGUUAGGAAACCUAAAAUUGUUCCUCUGUUGCCUUUGAGUUUGAUUCAGUUCAAAGUUCAUAGGUAGUGUGGUUUGCAUGUUCUGGGGUUUAGUUGAAGCACAUUGUAGACCUAGAAAGUUAAUUGUUUUGUAUGUCUUCUCUGCAUUCUUCUAAUGUUUGGGAAGAUGAUAGACUACUCUUCUUCAUCUUUUUUCCUGGGUAGGACAUUGGAGCCUUACUGCUGCUUAUCUCUCAAGAAAUAUGGUUGUAACUUAGAAUUUGCUGUAGUGAGCUCACUGGAUAACACAAACAGUCUUUUCUUGCUCUUGAGGCAUCUGUUGCAAUGGAUGGGCUGGAUGGGCUCUGAGCAACCUGGUCUAGUGGGAGGUGUCCCUGCCCAUGGCAGGGGAUUUGGAACUAGAUAAUCUUUAGGGUUCCUUCCAACCCAAGCCAUCUGUGAUUAUUGUCAGUAAAAUUCUGUAGCAGGACACAUAAAAUGUUCAUGAGGUGGUUUUGGUUUGGGAUUUUUUUAAAAUAUUGCAGCUGUAAGGAGGAGCUCUGGUGGUGAACAGCUUUUGCAGACUGUGGUAACAGAAGGGUAUAGUGUUGGCUGAGGUGGUGCAUGCUGAGUGAGUUAGGGUUGUAUCCCAUGAAGAGAUUUCACUGUGGCCUCCUGAGGGCAGUCUAUCCUAAGGCAUUAUUGUAUUGGUGAUGACUUGGUGAGUAAACCUGCAUUGUUUUAGGGAAGUGGAGUUGCCUGUAUGCUGAUGCUGGCAUCCCUGUUACUGGUUUUGUAAAAUCCAGGGUCAUAUAUCCUGAGCUGCUGGGGGUUGUAAAGCAUGACUUUUAAAGAUGGAAAGGAUUUCAUACUGAGAUAAGUGAAAUUUGGAUAGGAAGUAGAUAUCUUAAUCCCAGCCUGCAAAAUCUCUUUGUUAUAUCAGUACCUACAGUUAAAUAUACAUUGUAAUGAUUAUUUAUUGCUGUAAGACAAAUUUUCCUACUUUCAUGUGUUGCACAGUGUGAGGUUGUAUUACAUGACCUGGAAAUGUAUAUUGGCUGUUGCAAUUAUGUGACUUAUUUUUUUGGAAGAACAGUGUAGUUCAUUUAAGUGAAGCAAAUGAAAAAUGAACUCCUCAAGUCCAGGUGCUCCCACUUGAUCCAGUUAAUCAGUGUUUGAAAAGACAGGUCAAGUGUAGUUGUGGAGAGAAAUCAUUGGGUAUGCUUAGUGCCUGAAGAAGUAAGAACUCUGCUAAGUGCCAAGUUAUAUUUGAUUUUCACACACACAUUGUGUCCAAUUUCAGAUCAUAUGCUAAGGGCUUCAUUUUGCUGUAGAUAUGUCUGUUAGUAAAAAAAUGCUACCUGUACCUUGCCAAACACCUUUGGAUCAACAUGUCUAUAAUCACAACUGGUCUGGUAUUUUUAUGGUUUUAUUUUUUAUGUUAACAGCUCAUAUCUGGUAAGGUCUGGGAUAUGUUCAUAGUAUAUAACAAAACUGCCAGUUCAAAUAUGUCAGUAUCAAAUGCAGUGGGACAGCACCCAAGUAAAAGCCACCAAAGCUUCCUUGGUAUCAUUACACACAGACUAGGGCAGUGUCAGUGGGAGCAUGGGGGGCAGAUGUCACUGAACAAAUGGAGUUGUGUGGGUGUUCCUCAACAUUUCCCAGGCUGCUGGCUGAUGGUACUGAGGUGCCCUUGCAUGUGUAGUGUGCUGAUGAGUUUGAAAUUGCUGCAUGAUUUUGAACAGUUUGUUUAAGAGUAAGUGCAAAAUGAUUGUAUGGUAUUGCUGAAGCUUGUUAGUGAAGCAGUUUGAUGUUUUGUGAAUUCUGACUUGCAGAUCUCCCAGCUCAGUAUUUUUAAUGCUGAAUGCACUCAACUGCUUGGUCCAGCUCUGUGCUAGAGGCUGUACUGUCAACACUUGGAUGCCAAUGACCUGUUAAAAGCUCUCAGUUGCAGUGAUCCUCUCAGUAUGAGCUUUAUAUGAGCUUUUAAAUUCUGAUCCUCUCAGUAUGACCUUUUAUCCUAGUUUUUCAGAUAGUUGGUAAAUUUCUACUGCAGACUUCCUACAACUGUAGAGAAAAGAAGGAAUAUAGUAAUUUCUUGUGUUUUGUUUAGAUGUCAUUUAGUGUGCAUGUAUGAGUUUUGAUGGUGAGAUGUCCCUGUCAGCAGCAGACUGGAACUGCAUCCAUUCUUUGCAGGCUCUUGUAGCUCUGUUGUUGGAAUGCAUAUAUAGAACAGAGAGCAGCUAUAAUUUUAUAGUUCACCUUAAUUUUCAGGACAGCAACAUGGGAGAGGUCCUUAAUUCACAAUAGAUUACAGGUGUGGUUCCUGUUGUAUAGCAAGUCUUAUCUUAUUUUCAGCACCUUUUGCAGUAGCUCAGAAAGGUCCUGUUUGGCAGUCUGGGUUUUGUAGCCUCAGUUCUCUACACUCUCUGAUGUCUGGGCCAAGAGUUGUCCAAAAAAGCUUGAUGACAAUAUGUUUCACUGAAACUGUGUUGUUAAGCACACAGGAGAAAAGUCCUAACAUAAUCCAUUUGGUGUGAUGAGAUUUGUGGAGCUCCUGUAAGUGCUGUAAUCAUUCUGUGCAAUGGCCAUGUACUGUUACUUUUUUCUGCUUUCUUGUUCUGCAGCUGUUUCUGGAUCAUUUAUGCUAUUGCAGAACUAGAAAGUGAUAGCAGUUACAAGACUUGGCCAGUCCCCAGGGUUACCUAUUACACUGCAGUUGUUUUAUAAAGCACAAAAUUUCUCCUUCUAGGUGGUGUUGGAGUUCAUCUCCAUCUGUAUGGCUGCUGAAAUCAUUUCUGUGCAGGUCCUGCCGCUCCUUGUCUGGCUUUUGUGCUCUAGAUGUGACUGAGCAUUAUGUUCCAAACACAUUUUUAGUAGACAUGCAGUGCAGUGUUAGAUAAUUUUAUGUUUUAAUUACUUCUGUUAAAGAAUGCAAAAUGGCCUAAUUUUGAGUUAAGAGUUGCAAGCUUUAAGACAAGUCAAAGAAUACUGUGUGCUGUCUGGAAUACAUUGUACAUUCCUUGGGGCAGGAACUGUGUUUCCAUCUGCCUGAUGUGUUUCACGUGCUCAUAUUUCUGUUCAAACAGAAAAUCUGUGCAGAGGGAAGGCUGUUUCUUUUAGUUCAGGAGAAUGAUAUAAAUGUCAGCAAAUUCUAUCCCUUGCAUGUACAUUUGAAUGGUGAGGGAGUGAAUUAGCCAACAUGCAUAAUCCAAGCAGGCAUUUCUAGUCUAUGCUUGAAUUUUUCUGUAGUGCACAGUGUGGGUUUGGCAGCUGGGUCACGGAGUCAGAGCAUGCAGCUCAUCCCCUCAGCAUCAUGGCAUGUUGGAUAAUGUGAGCUCAUGAAAUACUUACAUAUGAAAUCUGUUUGGGCUACUUGCAGAGGUGAGGAUGUAGCAGUCCAGAUGUGGAAAAUCAAGGCAUUUCCUAGCAUACACCCUAAGUGAAUUAAAAUAUACCUUGAAAGAGGUGAUACAGAAAGAAACAAUGAUUUAUAAGCUGGGGUUUCAAGCUGGACUGGUUUUGAUCCCCAACUGCCAGUUAACUGUGAUGGAAGCAAAUUGUGUUUGUUUACUAAUGGUUGCUGUUGCCUUAAAGCUGUAGGAUAAAGGCACUGUGUGCUAAGGUACACCAGCAGCUGCAACAACCUUCAUGCAUGUGGGAUUUUGCACCUCACUGCUGGUAUUCUUGACAGAGGUUUCUGUUGUCAUCCUGGUCGUUGUUGAAUUGAGUCUCUGAUUGCUGUGAAUAUGCUUGGACUGAUCAGCUUCACGUAUAAUUAGAAGUCUUCCCAUACCUAAACUGGAAGUCUUGCAAAAAGUCAAGGCUCAUUUUUAUAGUCUUAAAAAAUGACAAAAGUACACUCUCAGGUCAUGCUAUCUUUGGACUAUGUGGAAGUCACUUUGAUGCUUCCAAGAAUUUUUGCUUUUUGGCUUGAGAAGUUAACUUGCUUAUGCCACGCUUCUAUCUCUGACUCUGGAAGCCCAAACAGUGCCGGUAACUAAGUAACAGCACAGCUGAAUGUUUUCAUAAAAACAAUGUUGCUGCUUAGAGAUGUGAUUUACUACUUAAGUGUGUCUGUACAUAUAUACAAAGGCAAAAAGUGAUGAUGAUCUCAUCUUCAACAAGUCUCAGUUUUUUAGUCCCCAAGCCAAAGGCAAACUUGCUGUGAGCAGACGCAACUCCAGUGACUUCAGCUGCAGUAUCACCGUUAAUGUCAGUGCUCACUUAAUUGCUGACAGAAGCCUGUUUGUAGUGAUCAGUGCUUGAAAUGUAAACCCAAAAGAAAAAAUGGAUAAUGUUGCAUCUUUCCUGGUAUCUUCACAUUGAAAAAAAAGGAGAAACUAGUUAACAGUCAGGAUUUUGUAAGUAAAUCUGGCUUUUUUUUUUAAUUCAAUUUUGAUAUUGUCUUGUUAUUCUUAAAUGAAUUUACCAGUGCUCAGAACAUGUCUUUUGCAUAGAAUCAAUCAACUGUAAGUGAUGACAUAUUGCAAUUAUUAAAAAUACAAAACAGACCUGCAUAUCUUCUAGCCUAUUAAAAAAAAGUAUCUUCCAGUUCCUCUAUUUGGCAAAAGUUUCUCAGAAUUUAUAAGUAAUGUUCCUCUGUUCUGUUCAAACAAGAUUCCAGGUCUCAAGUAGAUUAUUCUGAUAAAUUCUAGUAGUUUUUAGAUGCUGCAUAGGCCUCAUUUAAUCUGUAUUCAUAAUAUUUAAAAUUUCCAAAUCUUACACUUGAAUGCUUGUACCAAAAAAGUUAUUAAUCUUUACCAGAAGGAAAACUUUCUAUUUGUGUAAUAUUUAUUGAUGCUAAACCCACAUUAUAUCAGCACAACAGUCCAAAGUAAUGAUAAUACAUUUUUAUAAAUACAAAUAAAAAGUGGCAAAAUAAUGCUAGUGAAGCUAAACAAAAAAGUAAAUUAGCAUGUCACAGUUGAGGAAAAUUUGGCAAAAGAUAUGACAUACUUCUAGAAUAAAAUCAGAUUAUUCCCACCUGACAGACUGACAUUAAUCUGGAUUAACCAUCCCCAUUACUAGUCAUAUCCUGCACCAGAAUAGUACUACCUUGUGUGCUAAAGUUUAUUAGUCACUAAAAAACAAAACAAACUUUGUGUACUUACAAAGCAAUACACGUAUAGCAGUAAUGCAAUAUAUGGUGUACACAAUUACAAAAUAAAAAAAAAAAAAACAACAAACAAACCCCUAAGUACAGGACUUCUGAAUAAAUGAACUGAGAUAAAAGAUUUCAACACUUUUAUUAUAAAUAAUGAAAGAUACCAUAUAUGUGCUUCAUAUAAGGAAUACAGUGUUUUCCUUUCCUAGCAAAGGAUCGUAGCUCGUACCAUCAAACACCCAUUUUCCUUGUCAGGCCUAGUAAUUUUUCCAUCCAUUCUCCCUCCCUCCCAUUCAACUGAAAUUCAUUUGCUUCUAAUUUAAAACUACCCAGUCAGGUGUGACUUAAGUGGGGCUCCACUUCCAGAUGGAUUUGCCUUGCAUUCUGUAAGUAGCCUUCAGGCUUUUCACCUAUGGUGCACAGACUCUACCCCUCAAAAGAGUUGACAUUUGCCUGCAGUCAAGAGAAGGAAAAAAUAAAAUCUACCAGUGACAUGUUAUACUAAGAAGAAAAAACAAAAAGCAAAUUGGAUUUUUUUUGCCUAUCUUCAUUUUCUACUUCCUCAAAUUUGCAAACUAUCACCUGUGGUGUAUACUUGUCACUUAAAUCUGUAGUGUAGUUUUAGUUUCAAUCCAUUUUUCACUUACUAUACAUUUCUAAAAUCCUCAUACAUAUUACACAAGCUUUGAACAGUCAAACAUUCCAUACAUACACUCUCUAGUUUUCAGCUCACUUUAGAAUUUCAGAAUCUUGAAUGGGAGCAUUACAAGGUUACACACUGCUGUCCGGAAAUCCAGAGAGUUUCAACGUCUUGCCCAGUCCCUCCCACCCCUUGCAGUAACUCACUGCAGUGGUUUAUACUAUCAGCAUUUUUUCCUAUCUAGUUACCAAUGUGUAAUCUGGAGUAGAUUGUUACUAUGUCUCAACUCUUCUUUGCUGGCCUGCAGAAGUAAAAUUACUUCUGCUUAGACUGCCAUUGCUAUGUGUUUUAAAUAAGCCUCCUCCAACCAAGAUGGCAAAAAGGAAAAACACAAAUGAAUUGAAAGUUAGGGUAUUGAUGUCCAUACCAACAGCACUGAAAGAAAGAUUGUUUUUUCAUGGUUGAAUAGAAAGCAGUUUGCAGAGAUACAGCAUUUGCUUACAUUUCUUUUCCUUGUCCCUUCCUGUGUCAUUCUUAUAGUAUUGCACUUGUUCAUCGUAGCUGUCAGAAUGUGUGUAGCCAUUUUAGAAUUGUUGAUAACCCUUGAAGAAAACAUCUUGCACCAUUAAGACUGUGUAGCAUCUACUUACUGCUUACGAAGGUAUGUAGUGAAAAAUCUUUCUCUCUGAUGCAUUUUGGCCUCUAUGAAAAGGGUUAUGAAGCAACAUAGGUUAAGGAACCGGUGAAUGUGAUUUGUUGUGCAAUGUGUACAUUUCUAUUAAUAAUCUAUCUAUUCUUCUAAUUUGGUAUAAUGAAUAAGGAAUAUAUGGUUACUGUGUUUGUUGUUUAUCUUUUGUACAUGAAGGUGUCUGCCCUUGCAUAAAGUGACAUAGGAGUAUCAUUGGUCAAGGCAAUGGCUUUCAGUGUUUCUGCUUUGAAAGAAAAGGAUGGAAGCGGCAGCUGAAUCUACAGGUCAUCGCUCUCUACCAGGCCAGGCUGCAUUGUCAGGUGCACUGGGUUUGCUUCUGGCUGGAAAGCUGCUUUGAUGUCCAGUCCUUGGUCACAGAGAGCAGCGUACCGGCUGGCUGAGGGCCGCACCUUCUUUGGCUUGGUCUGCUGAGCGGGCUGUUGCCACUGAGCUAGAGAUUGAAAAGGAAAGAACAAGUGUUAGCCUUCCUGAGCGGUGCACCGAAGUGUGCCAGAAGCUCAGGCAACCCUUUGUGAAGGAGAUAGUCAUUUCUGAGAAGCAGAAAACCAUUAUGUCAAAGGAUAAAUCAUCAUUGAAGUUACACAUGGGGAGGUUUCUCUAAGCCAGUCUCACCUCACUCGGUCAGUGUUGUAUGUGAGUGACUCGUUCUCUUUCUUCCAAAAUAUCUGAGGAGACGGCUCCCCCGAGAUUCGACACUCCAGUCGCACUGGGAAUCCCUCAGUCACACCUGUGUUUUGAAGCUUCUCUAUAAAUACAGGUGCUUUUUGUACUUCCUUAGCUGUGAAAAUAAAGAUUGCACUUAUGUUGA